AUGGACUCGGUGGUUCAGAUCGUGGAAGCCCUUGAGUCAACCGACCACAACUUUACCGGCACCGUGCCGGAGCUGGCGCGGGCUCUGGGUGGCUGCAGCACCCCGGGGUGCCGCGCGGUGCUGGGAGAGCCACCCGAUGUCCCACCAGCCCCACCAACGCUCAGCCACGAGCAGUGGCUGCUCUUCACCCAACUCCUCCACCACGACGCCGCGGCACCCGAGCGUGGCGCGGUGCUGGCACCCGAUGGCUCCACCGUAGCCCUUGGUCCCCUCCUUGCCGGCAUCGAGGUUGGCCUCAAGCGGGUGUUGGGGUGGCCCUUCCCCACCUUUGACCCACCCAUCGACGCGCUCUACGCCGUCACCAUCACCGAGGCUUUGGGGACAUCCUUCCUCUUGGCUCGUGACGGCGAUGGCAACCGAGCCACGCUGGGACCCGGCGGCUGUUGGGAUGACGUGGAUGACCCCCAAAACUACACCCUGCUGGGACCCGCGUCGCUCAUCCCUGAUGCCGUUGCCAACGGGGCGAUGGAUGGGGUGCUGUUGGGUGCCCACCUGGCCCGAGCACCCAUCCCACUCGCCGACCUUCUCCGGGGCUACUACGGGACGGGCAACGGCACAGAAGAGGGGCGACCACCCAGCAGUUACCGGCGGCGAGAUUUUGGGGUGCUGACAGGGCCGGGGAAGCUGGAGGAGGAGGUGGCAGCAAUGUUGAGGGUGCUGCGGGUGCUGCCACCCACCCAGGAGCUCUUGGAGGACGUGGGGCCGGAGGAGGCGGUGGCCAUCGCUCAUCAAGCGGCGCGGGACUUCACGGAGGUCUACGUGGAGUGCCCAGCCAUCGUGCCCCGGUGCAUGUGGGGUGCCCGUCCCUACCGGGGCACCCCCAAACCGUUGACCCUCCCCUUGGGCUCUGUCUACAUCCACCACACCUUCAUACCCAGCACCCCGUGCCGCACCUUCACCGCCUGCGCCCGCGACAUGCGCGCCAUGCAACGCUUCCACCAGGACACCCGCGGUUGGGAUGACAUCGGCUACAGCUUCGUGGUGGGGUCGGAUGGGUACCUGUACCAAGGCCGGGGUUGGCACUGGGUUGGUGCCCACACCAAAGGCUACAACAGCAAAGGCUACGGCGUGAGCUACAUCGGAGACUUCUCCACCACUUUGCCGGACCCUGACACCAUCGCUCUGGUGCGGGACAGGCUCCUGCCCUGCGCCGUGCGGACCGGUCGGCUCCACCGUAACUACACCCUACGUGGCCACCGCCAGAUGGGUCUCACCGACUGCCCCGGCAACUCCCUCUUCCAUGAGAUUGAGACCUGGCACGGCUUCAAGGCUGGAUGCAUGCAACUGGCCACCAGGGUACCCAGACCCUCCCUGCCGGGUGGCCCGGCGUGGCUCACCCUUCUCGACAUGUCCCAAGCCGUGGCCGAGCGUGAGCCCGGCCGAGCUGGGAGCGUAGAUAACAUCAUCGGGGCAGAGGCGGAGGUGAGGGUGUGA